AUUACAAAGGUGCGCUCAGCCCACAGGAGAACACACUGCAGGUAGAGGUCGAGCCUUAAUGCGAAUAGCGAAAGUAACAGAAAUAUCGAGAAUAUCUUACUGUUCUUUGUCGUUAUGAUAAUGCGGGUCGCGUGACGGCUCAAUAGCAACAGGAUGAUAUGACAGAUAACGUUACAUCUGAAAGCACAGUCAACAUGGAGGAUUUUUUCAAAACGGUGGAGGAGGUGAAAAGUCUCAUUGAAAAAAUCUCCUGUCAAGCUAAAGAGGUGGAAAGAAGACAUGGCGCCAUCCUUUCCACUCAAAACCGAGAUGAGGGAAGAAAGAACGAGCUGGAGCUGCUGAACAAUGAGACCAAGAAGAACGCCAAUUUGGUUCGAGCCAAGUUGAAAUUAAUGCAGGAGAACUUACCUGUGGAUGAGAACAGUAAAAGUGCCUCAGUAAUUCAGCGUAUUCAGAAGAACCAGCACUCACACCUGACUCGGUGCUUUGCUGAUGUCAUGAGGGGCUUCCAUAAGGCACAGAUCUGCUUCAGGGAGAAAUGCAAAGCACACAUUCAGAGACAGCUGGAGAUUGUGGAUCGAGUGACUACAGAUGAAGAGUUGGAGGAGAUGCUGCACCGAGACAAUCUUGCCAUCUUCAUAUCUGAUAUCAAUUCUGACGCUCGGAUUUCAAGCCAGGCUCUGAGUGAGAUUGAAUCUCGUCAUCAGGACAUCAUCUGCCUCGAGUCCAGCAUCAAAGAGCUGCACGAGAUAUUUGCUGACACUGCCAUGCUGUUGGAGAUUCAGGGGGAGUUGAUCAACAACAUAGAAAAAAAUGUGACCAGUGCUGCAGAGUAUGUAGACGUCUCCAAAGCAGAAAUUCAUGAAGCAGUCAUGUACAAAAACAACCGACACAAGAUAGCAUCGCUCCCAAACUUCUUAAAGUCUUUCAAGAGGAAAACCACUAGAACUGCUCCUGCUCAAAACACCUCAGGCCAUGACUGAGCCGCUGAACCUGUUUGAACAUCCAGCAAAUGUCCUGAUCGACAUCAAAGCCUGAGCUUGAUGGUACACACUUCAUCUGAUUUAUGGUGCAGUGGCUGUGUUAACCUUUGGGUUAAUGAGGAAGAUGUUGUUUUUUAUUUAAAUAGUACAUUUAAAUUUGAACUGCUAUGAUGACGUCCUGCCAAAUGAAGUGAUGCUGUGGACAAUCCUAUCCAGCAGCUUCGGAGGUUACCUGUGAACUGUCAAAAGGACAAAAACCGCAUAUGACCUCAACAAAUCAAACGUUUUACUUUCUUGUCAAUCAAUGUUUACAGACUCCCAAUCCUGAGACUUAAGGUCUCUUCAUCAAUGGCAAACUUGCUAAAUGUCCAUUAAAGUACUAAAAAAUCUAUAUAUCAACCCAAUAACUACCCCUAGCUACAUGUUUAGAUGUGCAAGCACUUCUGGAUUGAUUUGUUCAAUUCACUCAUUCACAGUUAGCCGGUGUUCCCCUAAGUGGUCAGCAGGUGGCAUGACAACAUUACACAGAACUGGAUCAUUUACCUUCCCUCUCUGCAGUCCUACUCUUUGUGUUUUUGUCUGAUACUGUGUGGUUCACGAAUACAAUUGAAUGUAAUGUCAUGUUGUGGAAUACUCUGAAAUAUAUGUCAACAUAUUUAUACAUAUAAACAUAGAAAUAUGUUAUAUGCAAUGUCUUAGGAUAAACUGUAAGACAAUCCCAAAAUAAACAAAUAUGGUGAAUGCUACUGUA